CCCGACUUACCCCACCAUGUAAGACCUACUAUCACAAUGAACCAAACACCGAUGGAACCAUCCCGACCCCCCAUUAAGGAAGGUAGAAAUGGUAUUCCUUUGGCAUUGAGACAUAGCGUGAGCCCCUACAGCUAGUUGUCCGUCCCGGCAUUUGGGAAUGUCUUCCGGGCCUCCGGGUUAUAACGAGUCUAUCGUCACCAAUAAUAUGCUUUAUCCUCAGCUUACGACCCUGACUAUAUAAGAAUCAGCUCUGUCCGCACGCCUGCAUCACACAAUCAUCAGGAGUGAAAACAGCAAUAUCCCCUAUAAACAGCAACAAUGGCACAUCCCCCCUUCAACCCACCUCUCACCCUCACAACUCCAUCCCAUACCCUCAUCCUCAGCGAAGGAACCCCCGCCGACAUCCCCUCAUUAUGCACCAUCUGCUAUGACGCCUACGCUACCGACCCCAUGCUCCACGCCACCUACGGCACCGCCUCUCCCGCCGCCAUCAUCGCCUCCAACGUCAAAAGAUGGGAACUCGACUGGCCGCGCCCCAGCCGGCACGUUUACAAAGCCGUCGACGCAGCUACUGGCGAGAUCGUCGCGGUCGCAAAAUGGGUCUUCCCGCAUACGCCAACCCCGCCGCCUGAAGCGUUGGCAAAGGUCGGGUUUCCAGAGGGCGUGAAUAUGGCGCUUCUAGGGGCGUUUUUUGGGAGGUCGCUUGAGAAGCGCGAGAGGUGGAUGGAGUGGGAGGAUAUGUACCAAAUGAACGUCCUCGCCGUUCUACCAGCAUAUCAGCGCCUGGGGAUCGGACAGGCGAUGCUGGCGUCUGUGCUGAAGCUGGUGGAUGAGGAGGGGCGGAGAGUGUUUGUCGAGGCGACUCCCGAGGGGGGGAGCUUAUACCGGAAGUUCGGGUGGGUGGAGUGCGAUGAGCGUCUGAGGUUUGAUUUGGCAGAGUUUAAGGCGGGGCAGGGCGUGCUGGAGACGACGCUGUUUUUGAUGCGGGAGCCAGGUGCGGGGGGGCCGGGGAUGUGAUGUGAAGAUCGGGGAUGGCCUGGAUGACGCCAUAUAGAGGCGCAUAUAUAGUGGGCAGCUAUUUGAUAAAACUUCUAAUUUAAGCUCUGGGCACGUACGGUGGAAUAAGAAACCAUGGUAGGAUCUAAAAUCAUGUACAUUUUUAUCGCUGCUGCCAAAAAAAGUCAGCGUAGUCUAUGUUGUUGUAUCUAGUCAA